UUUCUUCUUCUUUCAUUGAUGACAGAAAGUUGAGCAUCAAAAGUUGUGUGACUGCAUCUCUCCGUCUCCAGCAUCACUUACUACAUUGCACCGCACCGCACUGCAUAUUGCUGCACUGUCAGCCCAUUGCCUGUUGCCUCUUUCUUUCAUUUCACCCUUCACUCUUCUUCGAUGAUUUGAAGAUCGCUAAAACAUCAUUCUGGCUCCAGUAUUUUGUAUUAUUCUUAGCAUUAACCUGAUGCAACAACAUGAAGUUGAAUGACAAUGAAAUGAAUUUGGCAUUAGCCUUGUCAGCAGGAUUAGGAAUAGGGAUAACGUUGACUUUGUUAUUCCAGAGGAAACUCUUUGCACGUACUCCAAAGUUCAUGACAGAUGAGAUUGGUGGAUUGGCCAAUAAUGGAGAAAUGAAGUUUGUUGUUGUCGUUCGAUCGGAUCUGAAGAUGGGGAAGGGUAAAAUCGCAGCCCAGUGUUGUCAUGCAGCCGUACAGGCCUUUGAGCGACUGCAACGGAAAAACCCCAAACUGCUUGCUGCCUGGAAGGACUUCGGUCAACCAAAGAUUAUUGUGAAAGUAGACGACGAAGAGACAUUACUGGAUCUCACUCGUAAAGCGAUCGAUGCAGGUUUAAAUGCCAGCUUGAUAUCUGAUGCUGGCCACACACAAAUAGCUCCUGGAUCCAAAACUGUGUUAGGUGUUGGUCCUGGCCCUUCCAGCCUUGUUGACGAAGUGACGGGUCAUCUAAAGCUGCUUUGACAGUCUUUCAUGUGUUGUGCAAGAAUCAAUAACUUUGGCAAAUAACGUCAACUUGUUUGUUUAUUUGUUUUAGUAUGUUGUUGUUCUUUUUUAAAUGUUUUUCUUUUUUAUAAAUAUCAUUAAAGCUAUUACAUUUGAAA